CCCCGCGCCUACCCCCGCUACAUCCUGCCGCUCGCCUUCGGCAAGUACUUCGCCUCCGUCUCCGCGCACGUCUCGCUCUGGAGGGUCCCGGUCUCCUACGCGCACACAGUAAAAGCGACGAUGCCAAUAUGGGUGGUUCUUCUUUCACGGAUCAUAAUGAAGGAAAAGCAGACGACGAAGGUAUACUUGUCUCUGAUCCCCAUAAUAACCGGUGUCCUGUUGGCCACCGUCACAGAACUUUCCUUUGACAUGUGGGGACUCAUCAGUGCACUUGCUGCUACUCUGUGUUUUUCACUUCAGAACAUCUUCUCAAAGAAGGUGUUAAGAGAUUCCCGAAUACAUCAUCUUCGUUUGCUGAACAUACUUGGGUGCCAUGCUGUGUUCUUCAUGAUUCCAACGUGGGUUUUGGUAGAUCUUUCUUCCUUCUUAGUAGAGAAUGACUUGAGUACGAUGUCUCAUUGGUCCUGGACCUUGAUGCUGCUUAUAAUCAGUGGAUUCUGUAAUUUUGCCCAGAAUGUCAUUGCCUUCAGUAUCCUUAACCUGAUCAGCCCGCUAAGUUACUCUGUUGCAAAUGCCACAAAAAGAAUCAUGGUCAUCACAGUGUCCCUUAUAAUGCUUCGCAAUCCAGUUACGAGCACCAAUGUCCUUGGAAUGAUGACAGCUAUCCUGGGGGUCUUCUUAUAUAACAAGACAAAAUAUGAUGCAAACCAAGAAGCAAAGAAGCAGCUACUUCCAGUUACAACUGGAGACCUUGUGAAUCUAGACCGGCAUCGAAACACUCCUGAAAAGUCUCAGAACGGACUUACGGCAUUUGCACAACACGGAGACUAUCAGUAUGGUCGAGCCAAUAUCUUAACAGACCACUUCCAGUAUAAUCGGCAAAACUAUCCGACUACCUACAACUUAAAUCGUUUUGAUAUAUAGAAUCCUGGCAAACAGUUUUUGCAGAAGGGAAGAUGCAUGUGUAGUGAAAGCGGUAAAGACCUCCAACUUCUGCUAAGCAGACCUUUAAACGUGAAACGGCUAGAUCUGACACUGGAACUAAAUGCACAGUGUAGCUCUUGUACAGAGAUCCUGCUGCAAUGCACGUACGUAACUUCAGAGUAAAACAUCUGCUGUCACUGCUCCUUUUCAGUCAGUCUGUCAACUGAUUAUUCUUUUGGCAGCUAAAUUCUGGCCAGUAUUUUGUUUCCAUGCUGGUACCGUCACCUUUAAUUUGUUCUCCAGGAUGUUUUAAUGGUACUUUCUUUUAAUGAAACUUUCAGAAAGAAGUGAAACCAAGGCGUACUUCUGCUUAUCAGGAUUUGUCUGUCUGAGGGAAUUGAUUUAUGUGUAUCAGCUGCAAAUAGGUAGACUUGAAUUCAUCUCGAGCAACUAUGAAACUUCAUGUGGGUAUUAACUGCUUUUGUGCCUACGUCUUCAGUUGUUGAUGACAAAGCAGGAGUGUUUCUGAAAGAGUAGAGGAGAAUGAUUGAUUUCUUCAAGAAGCAUACUUCAGGCAGAGAGAAACGGAUUUCUCAAAAAUCACUGUUGGCCCAGUCACUGUAGGUAACAAACAAACAGAGCUUAAGAUCAUAAUUGUUUUCUGAAUACUGUAGUCCUGUAACUUCAGACAUUGCUCUUCCUUGGCAAUACAGAAAACACCUUCACAAAUAAAGUAUUUGGAAUAAUACGAUUUAUUUUUUUUUACUUGUUUCACACCUGUUCUUGCAAAACUUUUGUUGCUUUAGAAAUUGAAAGGCUUAAGGUGUUUUCUUCUCAGUUUUAUGCAUAAAUUAUGCCCUCAUAUGAUUCAUAUAUUAUGAAUGCAUUCAUUUGAUUAAUCAUCAUUCUUAAUUGUUUCUUAAGUCUAUCUUUUUAGCCCCUACCUGUUUUUUAAAGUUUCUUAAUUCCUGCUAUGGGAGUUGCUGCAUGCAUUUAGCCUGACUUCCACUUUCCGCUGAAAGAAGUUACAUUUUGUAUCCUGCUCUGUUCCUGCAGCUCCCCUAGCUUGAAUAGUAAAUUGUAAAGAAAAAAAUAUUUGAAUCAACAGUAAAUAGAUAAUUUAUGGUUAAGAAGAACUGAUUCAGUUAGUGUAAAUGAACGUACUUAAUUCUAGACAAGUUGAUUGUUGUGCGUUAGAUACUGCAUUUGUGCAUGAAAGGAAUGAAACCGGCUGAACUUGGGUUUCACUGAAUCAGAUUGUUAUUGUUAUUACUUUAGCAAAAGAAGAUUUUAGGGGCCUUCUUUCCUUACCAGAAAAGCUGUUGUACAGUGAGAUUUUUGAUAGCAUAAGAAUUAUGUUUUUGCUGGAGAGGUAUUAGAUACCAGUGAUAAAAUUCAGGGUGUGGUACAGAACACUCCCUCCACUUAUUUAUUGCUUUAAAAAUGACCAUUUCCAUGAUGUGAGAUGAUGAUUUGGUUCCUUUCUGGAUAAUAAAGAAUUUAUUUUUAAGUGCAAAGUCAACCUGAUCUUAUUCUUUUGGCUGACUGUGGAGUUAGUUAUGUCGACUGCCUCCCGCUAUACAGUCCAAAAGAGGAAAUGGUCCUUCUGAAACUUCAGAGAUGGGUUACAUAUGCUGCUAAUAUUUGUGAGCAGAACUUCCUUGACGUGGCUGGAGUUGAAUCUGUUCACGCUAGCUUAGAACUUGGGCUUUUAGUUUAGUAAAUCUAAAUAAAUUAUUCCCUAACCGAGGUUACCAAGAACAAGAUGAUGAGGAAAAGCAUUCUUUCAGAUGAAAUUUCUUUUGCCUCUUCAAGUAUUAACUUAUGUAUAAUUAUUUCUUUUUAAUAUGGGAAAGUGCAAAAUGUGUAUUUCUAAGGUUCCCUUCCCAGUAUUUAAGUGCUUUUACAUACAUAUAAAAAGGAUCGUGUGGACUCUGUAUUUGGAUUAGAUUUUGGCUCUGCAGAAAACUGAUUUGAGGAUGGGAUAUUUAGGCUGAGAUUUUUAAGAAGGGCUGAAGUUCUCCAACCCCUUUCGAAGGGAGCUAGCUGUAAACUGUUGGACUCCUGCAAAUGCUUCAUUGUGUUCUUUGUGCCUCAGUUUCCCAUUUUGAAAAUGGAGAUCGUUCUUCCUUACUUCAUAGGGGGCAAAAUACCAGAAAAAAAGUAGCAGUGGAGGCCCCAGGGAUGUUCUGUCCCCGGGCAUACUGUGAGUUCAUCUGUACAUCUUGUGGUAUGUCUAUCGCUGUACCAUCUUCACACAAAUUGAACUAUUACUUGGAAUAAAGCUCCACAUACUGUAUUCACAGAUCAGAGCCUUUAUUAAAUAUAUUGAGAUGGUUUCCUUUUAAAGAACAUAACCAGAUCUGUUUUGCAAUUGCUUUCAGAGAAAGCUUGCACUGCACACUUACUGUGGCAGGUCUUUACUCAGCUUGUUUUGUAAAAAGCAUGGUAGCAGGUGAGGGCUUUCUGUUGAAAAGACCUUGUUGCAAAUUCCAGGCUGUGCUUAUGGCCUCAGUCUCUGAAAUAAAACUACUGUACUUGAGCAAAAAGGACUUAGCCCAAAUGAGGUUAUCAUCUGUUUAGGGCUCGGAGAGUGCAUCUCUUCCCUGGAGACUGCCUGACAAGUGUUCAUGCCCUUCUGGUUGAGGUCUGUGGUCACCAGUGACAAUACUGUAUGGCAGAACCUAUAAUUAAAACGGUUGAGUGAAUCAGUUGCAAGAGGUGGUUUUGCUGAGUACCUGAAUCCGAGUCCUUAAGCAAUAUUGCCCACAUUCAGGUAAAGGAAGUUUCUGAUACUGUUGUUAAUAUAUAUUUUAAUCUUGGACCUCUGCGAGAUUUUGUUUGGCAAGGUGAAACGUUUGUUUUAACAUGGUUUGUAAAUUAAUGACAUAUUUAUGUACAUAGGUCUGUAGAAAGUAUGGAAACACUGGAAUAAAAAGGGCAUAUCUAGA